AUGUCUGAGAAAGCCCCUCCUCCCUACCCUGAGCCCGCACUCGCCCUUGCACCUAUAUCUGAGUCUAUUCACGCUCCUGCACCGGCACCCGUUCCUCAUAGCUCUGGAUAUGCAGUCCAGGCUCCAGAAGCCCAUCCCCAACCUCGAGCCGCACCUGCUCCGGCUGCGAACCUUGGCGCACAAUACCAACAAGACCGUUUAGCACAGUGUGCCGUCGGUAAUCAUGACACGACCACCAAAUAUGGUGCUUGUGGUAUCAUCUUUGCCAUACUUUGCUUCCCAAUCGGCCUUGUUGGAUUAUGCAUCGAUAGAGAAGAGCGAUGCGUUCGCUGCGGUGCCCGUAUGUGA